ACAACGGUGCGGUAGCUUCGGGAGCACACGGCACAAGUUCUCGGAUCGAAGUUGAGAAAGCAAGAGCAACGACAAGUAUGUUAACCUCCGAUUCUUAUUCAUCAACAGGUACAUGCACCGGAAAUCGGACGGGAGCUGGGCCAUCGCUGCCGUCUCCACCAAACCCCCAGGAAGACUUGUCCGACCCUUUGUGCACAUUGUUUGAGCCUAUUAAGGUCGACAAUGCCGAUGCCGAUGCCGAUGUGUUCUACUUGAUUCACGCUCAGAGCGGAGGCCGCCUCGUGAUAGACGAUGAAAUCUUCGUCUUACGCGUCUGAGUUCAACUUAACCAGCACCACUCAAGGCUAUCUCCACGCAUUUGAUUUCGAUACAUUAGUCCGCCUUUACUGCCACCGCAACCUUGCCUUCAAAGGAGAUAAUGGCAAGUACCUCAGAGCCUUCACUUGGGGCAACAAAAACUACUUACAGUUCUCGUCCGAUAUACCGAACGACAGCCUUUCGCGCUACGAGGCGUCGGUGAUGCUCGAAGGCCAUAUCCAGCUGACCUCCGUCCACUCGAGAUCGCAGUGGAACCUCUCCGAAGACGGCUGGAUAUUCCGCAACGCCAACAGUAUAACCAGUUUGCACGACCCCAACACUCACUUCUGGCCUAUCAAAAUCAACGCAAACACCAUCACACUUCGUGCAGCCGACGGCAAAUUCUGCCAGCGUCGCGUCACCAACAACCUCGCUAAUGGAAGCAUCGGGCACGGAGAAGACCUUUCCCACGAAAGAAGCGAGCUGCAGGUGGAGGAAUUGGUGACAAAGAGUUUGGUAAAUAACGUCAGAUACCAGAUUAAGUGCGGGCGCGUGUUUGACGAGACAGCUCACACGGGAUGGUCGUCCAAGGUGGUCAACAGCCACGACGUGGAUGAAACCUUUUCGCUCUCGUUCACGUAUCAGGACACGAAGGAAUACACCUUCGCCCAUGACUAUACGCUGGAAACGGGGGUGCCUAGGGUCUUCGACACGGCGCUGGCCUUCAUAGGCAAAGACGGAUCCAUCGAUGAGGCAGCUGCUAAGAUAAAUGCGGACCUUCAGUGGAACGCUGUGAACUCAACGACCAGGACGGUUACGGGUAACGGUUCGAUUAUGGUGCCGGUGAAGAGCAGUGCUGUGGUUAGCUAUGUCGGAAAAAGAGGUACAUACAAUGUUCCCUUCAACUAUACUCAGGUGGACACUGUCGACCAACCAGUUGGAUCACCGCCGGUUGAUGUUGAGUCUGAAGGCAUCGGUCUUUACACUGCAACCAAUUUAUAUGAUUUCAAAUUGGUGAUCGAGACAAUUCAGGCUAUCUGAGAACACAAAGCCGAGGGUUUUUUUCAUCAACUUCUUCUAAGUUGGUUUUUUCCCUCACUAUAUAUGUACCAAUGCUUUGUGUCCUCUUCUAUAGUGUUAUGUACAAACUCAUCCCACAUCGGGAGUCUGCGUCUGAUUUGUCUGUUCCCGAUGUGAUCUAGUUUGAGGGAGAGGUUGGUUAUGUACAAAUCCAUCCCACAUCGGGAGUCUGAUGGAAGUUGGAAAGUGUAUAUAAACCUGUCCAACCCCUAAUCAAUUUGAGGUAUUUUGGGAGUGACCCAAAAAUAAAUUUGUGCGGGCUUGAUCCAAAUAUAUAGGUAUCUCUCUUUUUUUUAAGUUUGGUGAAACAAAUUAGGUGACCGAUUGA